UCCAUAGCAACAAGUAAUCGAUCAUGCGAGAGACAUGUAGGGCGCCUUAGACACGCCACUGCUAAGUGAGUUUACACUUGCCUGUAUAACAUGCCAUGAAGAUAUCAGUAGUUUUGAGUGUGGAAUUCACCUUCUGUUUUGGAAGGAUAAACAUAUCUUACCACAGUUACAAGAUCUAUCAUGACAAUCAGUGUCCCUUUGCAGUUCUCUGGGUGCUUGAUUCGUUAAUGGCUCAAGUCAAGGCUCAAGGGGAAAUAACAGCUUCUAUGCAGGAAAUGAUGUCAGUUUCAGGACUGUGCUCCUAUUGUUAUCAUUCAACGACAUUGUGAACGACUAGUGAGUUAUGCCAGACAUUUUAGAAGCAAAUAAUCCAGAACGACACAAGCCUUAACUGUUAAAAGGUAAUGUUAUAAUUCGAGAUUGCUGUGAUCCUAAUGUUGUGAACAUUGCAAAAGAAUUGUGACGUACACCAGCCAGUUAACAGACAUGAAAGACUAUUGGGACUACCACACAGGUAUUGCGAAAAAUGUCAAGUUGCACUCGAUGCAAUAAUGUGGUGACGAAAUACAAGAGACAAAGUACUGACAACGAGUUACUUUCAAUCCACACAGAGCGGCAAAUAUAUUUACCGAAGUCACGAGAAAAGAAAAAAACACGUGACGAACUUCUUAAAAGACUUUCAGCGUUACGCAACAGUGGUGGUGGUGUUUUGUUGAUUCAUGUAAACGGAACAAGAGCUGGGGACAGAUGUCUGAAGUAUUUUGACGAGUUUGUCGGCAAUAUAGUGACCCACUUGCUGGAACCCGGAGAAGUAUAUGCCAACACCUACAGACGUCAGUGGUUACAGGAUAUCUUGGAGGAUUGUCCAGACAGUGCUGGAUUUAUUCAUAUACGCGUUGCAGCUGUGAAAGGUGUAGCUACUGUAGAUUUCAAUACAAAGCUUGGCAAGGAUUAUGAGAAUGUAAUUCCCACAACACAACAACUACUCACUGUACGAUCACAUAUUCUCAAAGCUACUGACCCUGUACUUAGAAAUCUACCACUUGACAAACAACAGUUACAUGAAGAUAUUCACAUUCAGUUAAAAGGCUUUCCACCACAACGUACCCUAACUGAAGCAAUACAGAAAGAUGCCACCGACUUUGUGGACUACCUGUGGAAUAAGCUUAAAUUAAAGGAUAGCAUAAGUUCUAUGUCAAAGAUUCCUGAAGGUGGAUCCUUCUAUUUUGGAAUAGGUGAGAAGAGUACACCUAAGACUGACACAUAUAAAACAAUUAUUCCAGAUGUACAUGGAUUUAAGUUAAAAGUGGGUGAGGGAGAGUUUAAGAAAACACUCAAGUCAAAGCUACAAGACUGUGUACUAUGGGGUCGAAGUGAGAACACUUUCACUGAUGUCCCUUCUGAUCUGAUUGCUAUUGCAUUUCACCGAAAGCCAUUUGAUCCUCGGAAAUGUGUCCUAGAGGUGGCUGUGAAGUGUGUUGAAGGUGUUGUGUUCUGUGACAGCCAUGGACCUAGAACAUACGUGAUAGAAAAAGGACAAAUUUGUAGAAUGAAAGAAGAUAAGUGGUCAGAAGGAAUAUUGAAAACUCAUACAAUUCUUAGAUGCUAACUCUGUUUUGAAAUCACCUGAAGCAGUUUGUUCCCAACAUGUCCGGAGAGAACAGUGAGUCCAAGGCUUCUUCGGGUUACAUUCAUCAUUCAAAGGGUACACCAGGGGAUAAUCAUGAAGUCCAGAUGGCUCAUGAUGAAGCAACUGAUGACAGCAGUUCUCUUGGAUCGAGUCCAUAUCAGUCUGAUGAAGAAAUCAUCAUGAGUCUGUUUGCCCAAGUAAAUGACUCCACGUCAAGUUCUGACGACCAGGAGCCACUUCAUGCAGAUUUUCCCUCGGUGGGAAUUAGCAGAGACGAACGAAACUUAAUACUUGAUCAGACAGACCUCAAGAGGGAAACAGAUCCUGGUCACAGAAUAUUUCCCCAAUCUGCUAAGAAGUAUUUGGAGCAUCUUGUUACCAGAUUAAAGGUGAUACCAGUAGAAAUCAGCGACCAACAAGUCUUUAAUCAGAGAGACCCAAAGAGGGCAAGAGAUCCUGGUCACAGUAUAUUUCCCCAGUCUGAUAAGAAGUAUGUGGAGUUUAGUUUGCAGAACCCCGGUGACAAAGUAGAAGUGAUUUCAAGAGAAAUCCAGAAUGUUCUACACCAACAUGUUGGUUGGGCCUACAUAGCACAUCAGAUGGCUCAUACUGAAUGUCGCAAACUACCUACCAUGUCCAUCUGUGACGUGGCUGUCAUUAGAGCCACACAGCCACUGCAUAUCCUGACAUUUGUAGAGGACGGAGGCAAACAGGAACAUGCAGUGGAGUACAAUGCCCAGCUGACGAGAAGCAUCAUGGGUUUCAUCAAGAAGGAGACAGGUGUGUCACUUGAUGUCGUAUAUGGAGUUGUACCUGCGUCCACGUGGAAGGAUGAGAAGAUGUUUAAGGAGAAGCUAGAGCGCUUAGAAACUGUAGCCAGACGGAAGGCCUUACCUGGAUACCUCCACAUGGAUACCGAGAGAUACACAGCCAUAACCAAGGCACUCGCUGACCUUUAUAGUGAACCAGGGGACCAGCUUGAGAGCGAGAUAAUUAAUGAAUCCCUUGAUCGUGACGGAAAAGUUUCAGCUUAUCUCUUGGGCAAAUUUCUAAACCAAAGUGAAACAGAUUCUGGCCUUGGCCAUGAUAACAAACAAGAAUGGGAGACAGAGACACAAGACGCAGGAGAUUCAGUUGGCGAGAACGAGCAAUAUCGAUGGGGACCUGCAGGGGACCUUAUCUGGACGCGUGAGGAAUACCAAAGGUUGCAGAAUGAAUUUUUGGAGCCGCGGUAUAACAGUGCAGGCAAGCUAUUGAAGCUGAAGAUCCUGCUGUUUGGACCAACUGGCAUGGGUAAAUCAUCUCUUGCUAAUGGGCUCAGGACAGCAAUCCUCAACAUGGAGCAUCCUUCAAAUUACCAUGCUGUGAUAUCUGGCUCCGAAUCUCUUACCACUGGUUUCCAAGGAGCUCUCUACAAGAAUCACUGGAUAUUUGACAUGCCUGGUAUAUUCGAGUCACCCGACAUUUUAUCUUCGAAUAUCAUCAGUAUUUUGUCAGGGAAAGUUCCAUUUCAAGCCAAGAUUGGGAAGGGUCUUGAAAUAUCGCACCAAACCUUCAACGUGCCCCACGACCACCACGUCUCCUGUGUGGUUGUAGUUCUGCGACAUGAACAUGGGGACUUUGGAAGGGAAAUCCAGAGACAGCUAGAGUGCGUCCGAAAAACUGUCGCCAAAGGAGACACAUCCAUCCACCUGGUCCUCACCCACCUUGAUGAGUGUGACCACCAGUUCCGUGACAGAGCCAAUCUGCCCAACCUGUACCAGUCGAGUAAAGUACAGGAAGCUGUCAGGUUGAUGUCAAAGAAGACUGGCGUACUCCCCUCGUCUAUCAGUUUCGUCAGGAACUACGUUAAGGAAACAGACGCGGAUGUGAUCUCUAAACUCCAGCAUCUCAGGGUUCUUCAGAGAAUCCUGUCCAGCUGCGUGGACCAAGAAGAGAAGAAACUCAACCAAGAGCAGCAAGAAAGAAUGUACAGUGAAAUCAGCAAACAUGAUAAGAACAGACGUACUCUCGGUCCUCCUACCUAUGGGAGUGUUAAAGCAAUGUUGGCCGUGUUACUUGUGGCCUUAAUGGUUGCAGUCAUGAUCAAACUUUGCAACCUUCCUCCUCUUGCAUAAACAUACUGAGAGGUUGUAUACAUACUGAUUAUCUUUAAGGUGUUGUUGUUGUUGUUGUUAGUGUCGUUUGUACCUAACGCAGCACGCGGCAAUAGUUUAGCUGUAUGACGAUAAUCUUACAGUGUACGUAAGGCAAAACGUUGAAAACAUACAUGUAUUGAUGUAUAUUAAUGCUUACGUAGCGUAAUCUUCAGUGUAAUUGCAAACUGUUCCACUGUUAUGACCUCGAUUUGAUGCAAUUGUUUGAUAGGAAUUACUUAGAAGUUGACGGAUGGCAAGAUGGACACAAUUCUAUUGAUAACAAGUUCUUUAAUACUGUGAAAAGCGACGUUUCGGUAUCGAUCCUUAUAGCGUUGUCAAGCAAGACUGGAGAAGAAGAAGAAGUUGUUAUCCAUAAAAUCUUCUCGAUUUGAUUGUUACAAAAUGUGUCUUUCAUAUACAAUUAGAAGUAGAUUUGAUUCAAUUGUUUCACAGGCAUAACUUAGAAGUUGACGGAUGACAAGAUAGACACAAUUCUAUGGAUAACAACUUCUUUAAUACUGUAAAAAGCGACGUUUCGGUAUAGAUCCUUAUAGCGUUGUCAAGCAAGCCUGGAGAAGAAGAAGAAGAAGUUGUUAUCCAUAAACUCUUCUCGAUUUGAUUGUUACAAAAUGUGUCUUUCAUAUAAAAUUAGUAGUUGUUCCUUCCUUAUUGAAUUUGGUGCAUAUAUAUUUAAACGGUUGGUUUAACACUUUUCACAUUUAGAUAAUUACAAUUUCCUUAUUGGGAAAGUGAUGAUGGCAUAGGUUGUAUCUAAUAUUUCCAGUAGGGAGAAUGUUUGUGUUUAUUUACUCGAUUUUCUUUACUCUCAACUAUGAGACAAUAUGCUAGAGCUGAUGCCCUAGAGUUGUCAUCCACAUGUUAACGAUUCACACCUAAUCAAUUGGUACAGUAGUGCUUUGGUAAUUAGGUGGUGGGGUAGCUUAGUACUUAAAGCGCUCACAAGAAACACAAAAAACCAAGGUUCAAUUCCCCACAUGGGUACAAUCGGUGAAGCCCAUUUCUGGUGUCCCCCGAUGUGAUAUUGCUGUAAUCUUGGUAAAACCUUCACAAAUCUAUACUCACUCACUCACCCCUUGAUAACUUUGUUAGAAUCUACACCCUAGAAAGUCACUACUGAUGUAUUCAGGAAAUUGUUCCAUACAGUAUGUCACCUCAACCCGGCUUCUGCUAAGUUCAUGCUAUUAGGCCUCACAAGUGAUUAUCAAUGUGUUACUAGAGACUUCCAGUUAGAUUGUUAUAUUUGAGAGUGGGACUAUUUUUGUAUGUCCCAAAGUAUGUGCAGGUUAUCUCACCUCAUAAGAAAGUAAUCCUUUUCAAUUGCUUUUGAACACAUACAUUAAAUAUAUGUCAAACUCCUUGCCAGUACAUGGAUGGAUGGAACUCGACAAAAAUACUAGAAAUUACAUAGAAAAUGUGUUCCGUGAUGCUGUUGUCGCAACAUGUUCCCAGUGAAUUACAAACUAAAAGCCUAUCUGGCUCUGGCUGUCUAGAAAUAAUUGCCACACUGAUGUAUCGGCUUUGAUUGUCUACGCUAUUUUAGCCACAUCGAUGCAUCAUCAUCAUAUUAAUAUUUUGUAUUUAAUUCAUUUUACUCUUCAACGUCCAGUCUGACAUAUAUGACAGUAUUUGGGUUUUCGCUCCAUGGUAAAUUUAGAGACUUAUAGUGAAGUGAAACAAAUGCGUGUCAUAACACCAAAUCCUUUUUAAUGUUCGUUUUGCUUACUCGCAGUGCAAGGAAAAUAAAGUAGAUUAACAUCAUUGAGAAAAA